CUGAGUGCUGGGAUUAAAGGCGUGCGCCACCACCGCACGACUUGUUUGAUUUUUGUAAAGAAUUCUUUUGGAUAAGAACGUAAGCGAAGUUUUAGUUUGUUCUUUCUAUUAUGUAGUUCUGGUCUUUGGCAGUCCUGGACCUUCUUAUAUAGACCUUAAAGCAUGUGCCACCAUAGUUUCCGUUGGUUUUCAAAAGUACGAGGUAAGGGGGCACCUGGAUUUGAACCAGGGACCUCUUGAUCUGCAGUCAAAUGCUCUACCACUGAGCUAUACCCCCAUUGGCUACUCUGGUCUUCCUCCGCUCUGUGGACACUCUGGACUUCGGACUGAGGACGGACAGGCAGUCCCUACCCAUUCGAAAAGGACUUGCCAGUCAUGAACAAAGUGUGCGGGUCACCAAGCAGUGUAAUCUACGAUGCCUGACCAACGAAUCUCAGGGCUAGUAUACUUUUGCUUCUUGGGGGUGAUAGGUGGCGUUCCCGUUCACCACCACUAGCGACUUAAACCUGGCAGAAGACUUUCCAGGUUCCACAAUCUACAUUUCGUCUUUCCUGGUACUCCUGGUCCCCGGGCGGCUGGAAGAGGUUGCUGAAUGGUAAACUCUGUACUAUCGCCACCCGAAGAAGCAGCAAGAAUUUUUGCUGCGGAGACAAUCCCCUUAGCCGCGAGGUCAACGAGCCCCAAGCUCCGCCCACCGUGUCUGCGGGACGCCGGUGCAGUGACGCUACUCUGCCUGAGACACCGGUGAGUCCGCCGCCUAUGCUGCCGAGAAACAAGGCGCAGGGGCUGGAGCUGUGAUUGCGUCGCAUGUGUACCUCAGCACCUGCUCUGUUUUCAAUUGCUGAGACUGCUGAGCUCCAGAGUCGGUCGAAGCUCGGAGCCGAUUCGUUCUUAACAUAACUUGGAUUAGUGUCUUGAGAGGGAGCUCAGUUCCGGUGUUGCGAGUCCCCGCCUGGAGACGCGCCAGAUGGAGAGCGCGUGCUCGGGUUGUCUCCAGUCCCGUGCUCCCGGUAUCCGGAAUGUAGGGACUCGGUGUCUCUAGUCUGUGGAGAACCUCAGGCUGUGGACUUCGCGGGAAGAGUCACCCCCUCGAGAUCGGGAGGACUGGAGUGGAGAAGAGGGACCCUUUUGGGCCAGGGAGCUUAUUUUAGUUCAGACGGGGAAAAGACAGCUGUGCAACGUCGGGCACUUUAAUAGUAACUGGGCAAUCCCGUUCAGCAAGAUGGUGGGCAAGUUCUCUGGCCAGAUCCUGACGAGUUCCUCUAGUAAGAGUUUUCUGCUGCAGAGGUCAGGUUGGGACUAUGUAUUAUUGAUGAAACGAAGACUUACCACUUUGGAUGGGAUCCACACCUGUGAACUUGCUCUCUCAGGUGAACAGAUAAGCGAGGUAGUCAGAGAUUGGCUGGUUUGCCUUACAAAGAAGAGAAGUAGAAUUCUGCCUCUAAAAGUCAGACCAAGAAUCAACACAAAUUUACAAUUACAUUCUUAAAAGAAAAUUGAAGCUGGAAAUGAAGUGUUUCAAGAGGAGAACCAUGGUGAGCUCCAGUUUUAUUUGAUGCUUGCAUAUUCAAUAGUAAGUAUUGUAGAUUCUUGA